UCUCAGCAGAACGAACAAAAAGUAGAGAGGAUUAAUCGCCAGAUACUUACCAAAAAAUCAACCAGACGCGAAUUGCUAAAAGAAAAAAUUGAAAUCGCAAAGGAUUCUGUAAUUUUUAAUGGCUAUAACCGAAUAAAUGAACAUUAUGAUGAUUUUCAUAACGCAAGUUCAUUAUUGGUCAAGCGAAAUUUGAUAACUGAUGAUGACUCUCUUGAAUCCAAUCGUAAAAAGACAAAGAAAAAUUUCCAGGAUUCUGACCAAUACGACUUUGAUCAUGGAAAAGUAGAUGUAGAUG